AUGAUUGCGUUACAAAACCAAGCUAUCCUGCCCCCCGCCAAAGUGGAUAUCUCACUACUACUGAAGCCCCAAGAUGAAGAGGAAGCUACCCCCGUGACUGCUGCGUCGACAUUUCCCCCAAUUCCAAUCCAACCAGAUCCAGUGACAUCGGUUCCUUCCGUGGCUCCCCUUACGGCGAAGACCCCAGUGUCUGUCCCGGCAAAGCGCCUGCAACCAGCUCAUACAGCGGAGUCUCCCGCCAAGAAGCAGUCAAAGUGGUCGCCUGAAGAAGAUGCGCUGAUUAUCGAGCUGCGGGGUAGCGGUAUGAAGUGGGAGGAUAUCAGCAGACGACUCCCUGGGCGAAGUGCCAUCAGCUGUCGUCUUCAUUACCAGAAUUAUUUGGAACGUAGGAGUGAGUGGGACGAGGAUAAAAAGAACAAGCUUGCAAGACUAUACGAAAGAUUCAAGGCGGAAAUGUGGUCAAAAGUGGCAGAAGAAAUGGCAAUACCAUGGCGAGCUGCAGAGGCUAUGCAUUGGCAACUAGGAGAACAAGAAAUGGCGCGCAGAGCUGGUGUAGUUCCUUUCUCAUUGUCAAGUACAGCAAUUGAUCCGCCAGCCCCACGGGCUCGGAGAGCCAGCACGUCUCUAUCUCGACCACGAAAAGGAUCUACAUCUCGUCCAGCACCCCCUCCGCAACUCCCUUCCGUUGAAGAACUAACGGCGGGAGUCCCAGCAUAUGCGCCGCCGCCGCCGCCGCCGCCGAGUUUUCCCGCCCAACGAGAAGCUUAUCGGAUAGGGCAUCCGUUGGACUUAAGCAGCAGCCACAGCGGACACUUAGGGUCAAAUCUUGGUCUUCCUCCUCGAACCCUUCCUUAG